AUGUGCUACGACCGCUACGUGUCCAUCUGCAAACCCCUGCACUACGGGACCCUCCUGGGCAGCAGAGCUUGUGCCCACAUGGCAGCAGCUGCCUGGGCCAGUGCCUUUCUCCAUGCUCUGCUGCACACAGCCAAUACAUUUUCCCUGCCCCUGUGCCAUGGCAAUGCCCUGGGCCAGUUCUUCUGUGAAAUCCCACAGAUCCUCAAACUCUCCUGCUCACACUCCUACCUCAGGGAACUUGGGCUCAUUGCUGUUAGUGCCUGUUUGGUAUUUGGCUGUUUUGUGUUCAUUGUUUUCUCCUAUGUGCAGAUCUUCAGGGCUGUGCUGAGGAUCCCCUCUGAGCAGGGGAGGCACAAAGCCUUUUCCACCUGCCUCCCUCACCUGGCUGUGGUCUCUCUGUUCCUCUGCACUGGUUUUUUUGCCUACCUGAAGCCCCCCUCCAUCUCCUCCCCAUCCCUGGAUCUGGCCCUGUCAGUUCUGUACUCAGUGGUGCCUCCAGCCCUGAACCCCCUCAUCUACAGCCUGAGGAACCAGGAGCUCAAGGCUUCACUGUGGACACUGAUGACUGGAAGGUUUCAGAAACUGUGAACUUUGCCAAUUUCUGUGAGUUGCCAUUUUCUCCUAGUCACUUGUAAUAUAAAUCAUUUUUGAGAAUUCUUUCUUUUCCUUCAUUGCCGGACAUUUUUACCUUUUAGUCUAAUAAUUUGUGCAUAAAAUCAUGUCCAUAUUUGUGAUAUUUUUUGUCUCUGCUCCUUUGCUGUGGCCCCACAAAAAUUUAAAAAAAAGCACAAAAAACCCCAAAAAAUUUAAUAUAAAUCAUAGUUUAACCAUUACCCAUAACUUACCACCCUCUUAUCAUCUCUUACCAAACUAAUAAUAGUACUAAUUUUAAAUUAUCAUUUAAACCAUAUAUUCUUUACAAAAUAAUUACUAUUAUAAAAAUCCACCUAAAAACUACCCAUUUAAUACUCACCCAAACUUAAUAUAAACCAACAAAAACCCCCCAAUCUUAACUAAAACUCGAAUUCUAGAUCAUCAAAAAUUAAAACAGUUCAAUAAACAAAAUACAAAAUAAUAAAACAAAAUGCAAUCAAUAUUUAUUCACCAAACCUAAUUAACAAAAAAACCCAACAAAAUAUACAUUACCCAAAAUCUAACUACAAACAUAAAACCUAGGUACAAACAUGAAAUCUAACUACAACCAUCCAAUAAAACAAAAAAAAUAAAAAAAUCCUAAAAAUUAUAUAAGAAAUAUAUAAAAAUUCAUCAAAACAAACAAACAAAAAAACCUUCAUCCUCACAACGACUAGAAAACAAAAAAAACCUCUAAAAACACACCACACCACACAUACACAAAACACAACAAAAGAGAUACAUGACACAAAAAAUUAAAAAUAAAUAAAUCAAAACUAUCAAAUAAAAAAUCAUACACCGUUAAUAAAACAAAAACUCCCCAACUACUCAACACUCUUUUAGUUACUAUAACUUACUCAAUAAAUUAUACUAAAUCUAAUCAAAUUUAUUUCUAUCAAUUCCUGUAACUCACUUAGAACACAGGCCAGGUGCCAUUGCCCACCUGGGCACACUGCUGGCUCAUGUCCACCCUGCUGUCCAUCACUGCCCCAGGUCCCUUUCUGCCUGGCCCCUGUCCAGCCACUCUGUCCCCAGCCUGGAGCACUGCAGGGGUUGUUGUGGUCAAGGUGCAGGACCCAGCUCUUGGUCUUGUUAAACCUCACCCUGUUGGAUUUGGGCCCUGGAUCCAGCCUGUCCAGGUCCCUCUGCAGAGCUCUCCUGCCCUCCAGCACAUCCACACUCACACCCAGCUUGGUGCCAUCUGCACAUUUGCUGAUGGUGCACUGUGCUCCCUUCUCCACAUCAUCAAUAAAGAUGUUA